AUGGCUGAGGGCUCGGGGAGUCGCUGGCUAGCCUGUCUGGGCGCGCAGAGCGAUGGCGACGCCACGCCUGAAGACGGCGCCGCCGCGGAGGCUCGCCGCAACGGCAGCGAUGGCGGCGACGACGACGACCGCGCCGCCGCGGCCGCUGCGGACGACAUGCCCAGCGGCGACCCGGCCAGCUACGAACUCGACGAGGACGAGGAUGAGGACGAUGACGAGGACGAGGACGACGAUGAAUACGAGGAAGACGACGACGAGGACGCCUCGGACAGCGACGGCGAGCUGCUUGAGGCAAACACGCCGCUCUGGUUUAUGCACGGCGCGCACCUCGGUCGCGCGCAGCGCUCCCAGCUGUUCGCGGGCUGCCGGCGGCUCAGCGACGCCCCGCCGGAGCCUCUGAGCCCGGAGGAGCAGCCGAUCGUGAUGGAUGUGCGGAUGAGCACCGCGGGGGCGGGGCCGCGGGACGUGCCGCUGAUCGGGCGCGGCAGCACGCCCGCGGAGAAGCGCCGCAGGACGCAGCCACCGCAAGCGCAGGAGGCGCCGGCAGUGGUCACUCGCAGCCGAGCCGCCACCGCCGCGCCGCCUCCGCAGCAGCAGCAGCAGCAGCCGCCAUCCUCCAGCUCCCGCCGGGAGCGGCAGCAGCGGCGCGAGGGCGGCGGCGGCGGCGACGGCGGCGGCGGCCUGGUCAACACCGCGCGGCUGCUCGCUGCCCGGGAGUAUGGGCUGUCCGGCGCCGCGCCCGGCUUUGCGCGCGCGCAGCAGCGGCACAUUACCUGCGAGCGCCACUUGCCGGUGCACCCCCGGAAGGUGCGUGACAAGAUGGACAGCCGCGCCUACAUUGGGCAGCACAGCCCAGACGGCCGCUUCUUUGUGGCCGCGUUCCAGGACAAGCGUGUCCGGCUGUACGACACCGCGCCCCGCGGCACCAGCGCCGCGGCGACCAGCAGCAGCGACAGCGGGCUCGACGCGCGCCCCGGGCGGACGGGGCGCGGCGGCAGCAGCAGCGGCGCCGGCGCCGGCGACGGCGGCGGCGGCGACGCUUUCUGGGGUCCGCGGGCGCGCGGCUACGGCGGGGCGCAAGCAGGAUGA